GGGCGUGGCCGGGGCGUGGCCGCUCGGAGCCGCCGGAGCCGCCGGAGCCGCCGCGCCCGCGAUGGAGCCCAACAGCCCCCGCAAGAUCCAGUUCACGGUCCCGCUGCUGGAGCCGCACCUGGACCCGGAGGCGGCCGAGCAGAUCCGGCGGCGUCGGCCAACUCCGGCCAACCUUGUCCUGAGCAGUGACCAAUCGUCCCCAGAGAUCGAUGAGGACCGGCUGCCCAACCCCCUGCUGAAGUCCGGCCUGGCCAUGUCCCCCCGGCAGAGGAAGAAGGUGGCCAGGAGCACCCCCACCAUGAAAGGAUCCUGGAACGUUCCUGAGGGUGGAUCCAGGAUCCUGCGGGAUCCCCGGGCAGGAAUGAUCCGGGAUCCCCGGGCGGGAAUGAUCCGGGAUUCCCGUGCGGGAAUGAUCCAGGAUUCCCGGGCGGGAAUGAUCCGGGAUUCCCGGGCGGGAAUGAUCCAGGAUUCCCGGGCGGGAAUGAUCCAGGAUUCCCGGGCGGGAAUGAUCCGGGAUCCCCGGCGGGAAUGA